UAUCAGCAUUUGGGCAUUCGCAUUGUCUUGUUUUGAUAGUUUUGGUAUGAAGCGUUUUAAUAAACAACUCAAAUAUAUCUAAUUUCCAUUCCAUAACUAUUCCUAUAGAAGUAAAAAAAUCUUCGGCACGUUCUUUUUGAACGAAUUAAUAACCCUAUUAAUAGAAGUUAUAACAAAAGUGUAAAUGAUGAAACUAGUCGACCAAGUUGUGAGGAGUUUUAAGGUGGCAAAGGUGUUUCGAGAAAAUACAGACAAAAUAAACAGUAUAGAUUUCUCACCGACUGGUGAAACUCUAAUAUCCUGUAGUGAAGAUGACCAAAUCGUUAUUUAUGACUGUGAAAAAGGAACACAAAUGAUAACUGUUAACAGCAAAAAGUAUGGUGUUGAUCUAAUACAUUUCACACACGCUAAGAAUACGGCUAUCCACAGUUCGACGAAAGUGGAUGAUACAAUAAGAUAUUUGUCACUCCAUGAUAACAAAUAUAUCAGAUACUUUCCAGGGCACACCAAGAAAGUAGUUACUCUAUGCUUAUCCCCAGUGGAGGACACAUUUUUAUCUGGGUCUCUAGACAAAACAUUACGUUUAUGGGAUUUGCGUUCUCCAAAUUGUCAAGGCUUGAUGCACUUGUCAGGAAGACCUGUUGCUGCAUAUGAUCCAGAAGGCCUUAUAUUUGCAGCAGGGGUGAACUCAGAAAGCAUAAAACUAUAUGACUUAAGAUCAUUUGACAAAGGUCCAUUUGUAACAUUUAAAUUAAAUCAAGAGAAAGAAUGUGAUUGGACUGGGCUAAAGUUUUCUAGGGAUGGUAAAACAAUGCUUAUAAGUACAAAUGGUUCAAUAAUCAGAUUAGUUGAUGCUUACCAUGGUACUCCAUUACAAACAUUUACUGGUCAUCUUAACAACAAAGGUAUUCCUAUUGAGGCAUCAUUCAGUCCAGACUCACAAUAUAUAUUCAGUGGCUCAACAGAUGGAAGAGUACAUGUUUGGAAUGCAGAUACCGGUUAUAAAGUCUGUGUGUUAAAUGGAGAUCAUCCAGCUCCUAUUCAGUGUGUUCAGUUCAAUCCAAAAUAUAUGUUACUAGCAUCAGCAUGUACAAAUAUGGCUUUUUGGCUCCCAACAAUAGACGAUGUUUAAUGUUUAACUAAAUAAAGACAAUGCUAAUCUAGGUAAAGAUCAAACUUUUGUAUUAAUUGAAUGUAAAGUUAUCAAGACUAUUACAUAGAUAAUAAACUUCAAAAAUGCCAUUUUCUGAAUGGCCUUCAUAAAUUGAAUAAACAGUACCUUUGAAAAAACUAGUUUAUCUUAAUUUAUGUCUUUUCCAGUUUAUUUUUUUUUAAAACAUUUUAUAUGAAAUGAACUAAUACAAACACAUAACAUGAAGAAUUUGAUAUUUAAACAAAGCGAAUACAACAGAGUAUAAUUUCAAGAAAUUGAGUUAUGUAAGACAUUUACCCACCAGUCUGCCCUUUGUAAUCAAUAUAAUGUAUGCAAUUUCUCCUUUUAUAAACCAAAUUGGUAUAGCGACUUAUGUCUUGACUAUUCUUUAUUAAAUUUAUAUCUUUGUUCAUAAGACUAUGAAAGUAACUAAUAAUAUAAUUUUAUAAAAUGAUUAU